AUGGCCCAGCCCGCAGUCAACUUGGACGAAACCUUGUUUUCCAUUGCCGACGCUGCUCUCUUGUCAGCUGAAGCCGAUGCUGCCGCACCUGGCAGCUCGCUGACUUUCCGCCCUGAAUGGCGACCUACACCCCGGAAGAGAAGUACUAUCAAUCAACCAAUACAACUCCCCUGGGAAACGGCUUCAGGUGGGUGGCUGGCGUCAACGAUCAAUCAAGUCAAUCGUGCCGUUGUUUCUGGCUCUCCUUGGCCUGGGCCGCUCGCACCGGCUUCGUCGACUCCGAGUCCAUUCCCCCAGCCAACGGCCAACACAACAUCGCCUUCUCCUGCUACUCAGACUUCUGCCCCCGUAGUCCCUUCUUACCAAGCACAACCGAAAAUCUCAGAGGAUCUUGUUGCACAAUUGCUGGAGAGAUAUAAAGUAGCGUAUGACCGAGUCAUCGAUCAUGCCUUCCCAACCGCUAUGGGGAACGGUACCGCAUCCUUGGACGGUUUCAGGUACUACAUGUUGCAAGAUAGACUGUAUCUUCAAACCUGCGCUCGCCUAAAGAUGAUAUCCGGGGCCAGUUCUGACUACGCACAGGUCGAAGCUUUCGGGUUUCGUCAUAAAUCCUCCAUGGAAUAUGUCAAAAAUUUGGAGGAUGUGUGUACAACGCUGCUCGGUAUCACGGACGAGACAAUGAAGGCCACUCAACCAAGCGUCCAAGUGGAGACAACCCAGAACUUCUACACAGACUGUCUCCGAAACAAGGAUCCCGUACUUGGGUACUAUGUUGUUUUGCUACCUUGCGUAUUGUGCUAUUGGAAGAUCGCCGAACGUCUCAUGAAGGAUCCACAGACAGUCAAAAAUGUCGUUUACCAUUCCGCUUGGACUGAGGUGAACUAUGACUCUUCUUCUGUCGACAAAUACAUCAAAUUCAUCAAUGAAAACAUCGCAGCAAAAGGCGGAAUUAAAGCCUGGGGCUAUAUAUUCCAAAUCGCAUGCGAGCGGGAGAAGGACAUUUUCGACACAGGCCUUGCAGCACCAGUCCCGUAUAACAUCAUUCCUGACGGGACAUACUCCAUCAUCCCCGUCUCAAUCCCAGGUGUCACACUCACCGCCCAUGACUCUCAGAAUAUCAGUACUUCUGUCUUGUUGCAGAAGAAGAUUAGUGGAAAUGCGGAGAAAUGGACGGUCGCAGCAACAAAUGCGGGCUAUUCAAUCAAAAAUGUCGAAACUGGUCGGUACCUCGCUAUGUCUGCUGAAGAUGACGGUAAAGGUCGUAUAUCGGCUCUCGCUGAGCCUUACUAUUGGUGGAUUAAUCCCACCAAGAGCAAGUCUGGUGAGCGUUCGGAUAUGCACCAUAUUCAUGCCUCCGUCAACCUACGUUAUGCGUUGGCCGCCGAUGUGAUAGGGUCGAUGAAACCUGAUUCUUCUCUGACUCCAGUUAUUGCCAAAGAGCAUACUCAGAGUCCAUAUCAGAUGUGGACAUUCGAUGCCGAAGAGCAGCAUCCCCAAGACGACGUAGGCGCUGAUCAAGAACCGAGUUCGAAAGUCGAUGCCAGCGAGCCCGCCACAGAGACCGACAUGCAGAUGUUGAGGGAGGACGUGGCGAGAAACUUUGCAGGGCUUAGCGCUCAUUUUGAAGCGGAGCUCAAGUCCUCUACAGAGAACCGUCAACAUGAACUGGAAGCACUGAAAGAGGAGAUAAUGGGUGCCACAUCGGAGAUGCUUGCCAAGGAUAUUCGGCUUGAGACAGCCAGGGAGUUGACGAACCGGUUGAAGGGGAUGGAUGACUGGAUGAUGGACCUAACCAACCGGAUGCAUCGCAUGGAGGAGCGGGACGACAUAGUAGAGAAGUCUCUUCUCCUCAAGGUGAACGAACUGGAGGGCCAACUCCAGGAUCAGAGACAAAAGUAUGGCGUCCUGGCAAGACGAAUGCGCCAUCUGACAUGUCAUUGGGAGCCCAUCUACGGCCGUUUUGACCCCGACAACCUUCAUGCGCCGCCCAUCGAGGCAGCUAUCAAGGAAAAUGGGGUCAGGAUAUAUGUUGCGCGGUGGCAGGUCAAUAGGGCUCUAUGGUUUAUCGAUGACGUUUACGAUGGGGAAAUUGCCGACUUUGGCCAAGCCCAGGCUGAACACAAUCUCAAGUUCUGGGCCCUUGUUGGGGACCCGUCUCAGUUGGAGUGGAUCCCGCAACAUGGGCGGUUUAACGCGGCAGCACUUGACCCAGUGCCUGGCUGGAACCAGGAAACAACUAGAGCGCCAACCACAAUGCAUAUCGCACGCUUCAGAGCGGCAAAUGGCAUAGCACAUGUGACAUCUGUGGUGGACGGACAGUUUGGCGUCUCGAAGGGUGAUAACAUGCGGUCGGCAGACUAUCAAGUGCUCUGUUACAAAAACCUGAGAUUGUGA